ACAACACGCACACGUUACCUAUCCUGUAGCUGGAGCGAAGUAACACGGAUGGUCGAGGUUACUGGCGCAGCCGGGAUCCAAGUCUACAUGCGCAGACAAGAAAGAGGCGCAGACACCGGCAGGCAGGCAACACGGAGCUCGGUGAACAUUAGCACAACGACCACAACACCAACAACAGUGCUUUUUAUAACAUUAGCUGGUGAUACAUUUCAGUGGCAGAUUAAGGCAUUAGUUUGGACUCUGACAUGAGGAGGGAACAUGCUGGUCGGACUCAUGGGGCAGCUUAGCCUCUCCUGAGCCACAGUGCUGGAACAAAGAUGAUAAAAAACUGGGGUGUCAUUGGUGGGAUUGCUGCUGCCGUCGCAGCUGGAGUCUACGUUCUGUGGGGCCCGAUAACUGAGCGAAAGAAGAGGAAGAGAGGUAUGGUCCCAGGCCUGUUGAACCUGGGCAACACCUGCUUCAUGAACUCUUUGCUUCAGGGCCUGGCAGCAUGCCCGUCCUUCAUCAGGUGGCUGGAGAGGUUUUCCGCUGUGUCUAACGGUCAGCCAUCUGAGGACAAACAGCUGUCCACAACGCUCCUUCAGCUCCUCAAAGCCCUGUCCAGUGACGACCCCGGGGAGGAAGAUGUACUUGAUGCUGGCUGCCUGUUGGAUGUUCUCAGACUGUACCGGUGGCACAUCAGCUCGUUUGAAGAGCAGGACGCUCAUGAACUGUUUCAUGUCCUCACGUCGUCUUUGGAGGAGGAGCGGGAUCGCCAGCCCAAAGUCACUCAUCUAUUUGACAUGCAGUCCCUUGAGAGUCUCCCUGAAGUAGAAGAGAAAACCAUGAGUUGCAGAAGUCGAGCCCCUCUUCAUCCAAUACCAAGUCCCUGGAAGUUUCAACAUCCUUUUCAUGGGCGUUUAACAAGCAACAUGUCCUGCAAGUGCUGUGAACAACAAAGUCCGGUGCGAUAUGACUCGUUCGAGAGCCUCUCCCUGUCCAUCCCCUCACCUCAGUGGGGUCGGCCUGUCUCUCUAGAUCAGUGUCUUCAGCAUUUCAUCUCCUCAGAAACCAUUAAAGAAGUGGAGUGUGAAAACUGCACCAAGCUUCAACAAGGGUCCUUAGUGAAUGGACAGGUUCUGGAAAGCCGACGGACAACAUUUAUUAAACAGCUUAAAUUGGGAAAGCUCCCCCAGUGCCUCUGCAUCCAUUUGCAGAGACUGACGUGGUCCAGCGAAGGCACUCCCAUCAAGAGACAGGAGCACGUGCAGUUCACAGAGUACCUGUCCAUGGACCGCUACAAGCACAACGUCACCAUCCAGAGGAUUCAGCGAUUCAAGUGCGCUGCCAAGCCGCUGAGGGCAGACAGCGCAGAGGAGGCUGUGGACAAGUCCACCCCCAACGGCACUGACAUGGAGCAUCAUAACAACAACAAACCUCUGUCCAACGGGACCUGCUCGUCUGUGUUCCUCCACUCUCCUGGUGUGAGCCCACAGCUCAACCUCACUUAUGAUUACAGUUCCACAGAGUACCUUUUCCAGCUGGUGGCCGUGCUGGUCCAUCAUGGCGACAUGCACUCAGGACAUUUUGUCACAUACCGGCGCAGCCCUUCCUCACCUCGCAGUUCCUCACCCUUCAGCUCCCAGUGGCUGUGGGUGUCAGACGACUCGGUGCGCAAAGCCAGCCUGCAGGAGGCGCUGUCUUCCAACGCUUACCUGCUCUUCUACGAGAGAGUCCGAAGAUUCAGCCCUGCUCGGCGCUCAGAGGAGUAGCGGGGGACGUUUCCUGAAUCUUCUUCCUCCGAUCCAUUCACACUGUCCCAGUUGUAUUUGCCAGUUACAACGUGGUUGCCGACAGAUGGAGUGUGACUUUGUGAUGAGAGACAUCAUGGACACAGUCAUCAGCAGAGAUGAUACUGAAUCAUGAUUUAUAGAGAUGUUGAAGGUCAGUCUGUGAUGUGUUCUGAUGCUAAACUCACGAAUGAGUUCAGCUUGAAUGAACUGGAGAAGGAGGCACUCGAUCCCAAAGAUGGUGGACCUGCAGGACUUUUAGUCAAAUAUCUUUGAUCAUGUAAGCUCCUUUUCAUUGACUUGUGCGUUACUGUUUGUACCAUCUGAAAUUUGGGGUUUGGAUUUCAGACCGAGACAGAGAUAACUGAUUGUGACUUUUUUUUUUACUUGAAUUGUUUCAAGUUAUGAGAAGUCAUAUUUGGAAAAUUGGCGUCAUUUUCCUCAACUCCUGUACUCUAUAAUUUUCCUAAGCAUUCCCAAAUUAUGGUGUGUGAAAAUUGUAUUUCAAAUAAUGUUUCAAUUGACGUUGUUCAUAUAAGCUGCUGAAUUUAAUAUUUUUCUAUAUUUCAAAUCGUUUUGCUGUCAUAACUUGCAUAGCUGCACAGUUGAGGUCAAAGUGUCAUCUCGUCUUUGAUGCUUAAGAUUUUAACACAUUAAGCCAUGUGUUGUAAACCUGAUAUUAUUAUACAUGAAGUACUGUUAAUUGUUUUACCCUGGAAUGAGAAUAUGAAUGUGUUACAAGAAUCUGGUACAAUGACAAUAUUUACAUUGGAUUCAACAAGGCGGUUUAACAGAUGCUCACCAGUUGCCUGACUGCUGUUGUUGAGGACUUCAGCCUCUGAGGUCAGGAGAGGCAGAGUUUGACAGCAGGGAUUUUGGCAAGAGUUCAUCCUCGGUAUGAUUUCCACUUCUCUGAAACAAAUACUGCCAUCUCACUCCCACUCAGUAUUAAAUCAAAUUAGCACAUGACCCGGUGCAAAACCUCUCCUUAAUGUUUGCUGAUCAAUUUGCACUAAUGUACAUUUAUGUGAGUUUGUGUGUGAUGUGUAAAAAAAGGUAAUUGUUUUCAGGUAUAAAAAUAAAAUAAAAUCUUAAAAAUGUG